AUGACCGACGGCACUUUCGGGGCUCCGGUGAGACCCUCACGUGGUGGAUGUUUGCACUGUUUGCAGGCCUGGAAGUGGCAGGAGAAUCUCCCCCGGAUUCCGGCGGGGAGAAGGAAAGGAGUGCCCCUUUGCCAGCUCAGAUUACUCCAUAGCAUCCAAAUCCAACUAUCCGACCGUAAUAUCAUUGCAAACCCUCCCUCAAAUCAUUUCUCUCCCGCAUCAGCUAUCAUGGCGUCGACCACUAGCACAGAUCGCUUCACCUCUGCUCUGCAUCAGAACAAGGAUUGGGCAGCGCAGAUUGCCAAGGAGGACCCUUCGCUCUUCCCUACACUCGCGGUCGGCCAGCACCCGGAGAUCCUCUGGAUUGGCUGCUCUGAUUCUCGAUGCCCUGAGACCACCCUUCUUGGUCUCAAGCCGGGCGACGUCUUUGUUCACCGCAAUAUCGCCAAUGUCAUCCAUGCCGGCGACCUCAGCUCUUCAGCCGUGAUCGAGUAUGCUGUCCGCUACCUGCAGGUCAAGCACGUAGUCCUCUGUGGCCACACCAGCUGCGGUGGUGUUGCUGCAGCACUGGGUAACAAACAACUGGGUAUUCUUGACCCCUGGCUGCUGCCUUUGCGCCAGCUCCGUGCGAGACACCUGGAUCUGCUGAACUCGCUGCCGGCCGACGAAGCCAACCUUAAGCUGGUGGAAUUGAAUGUUCUGGAGGGUGUCAAACUGUUGAAGGAGAAGAAUGUAAUCCUGGAAGCCGUACAGGAUCGGGGUCUUCAGGUUCACGGGUUGAUAUAUGAUGUUGGCAGCGGUGUUCUUCGAGAGAUGGACAUUGAUGAGCCGGAGGAGGAACUCAAGGCGCGCCUAACAUCGUUCAAGACCGACGUCUAG